AUGGUUAAUCUAUCGACAGCGAAUUAUUUAUUAAUUGGUUUAAUACUGUCAUAUAUGGAACUAAACAGAUGUUUUGUACUCCAAGCUCCAUUGAAAUUCGAUGAUCAUGGCAAUCGAAAAAUCAAAGUUGGACACGAAAAGUAUAGUUUAGAUUCAAAAAAUCACCUGAAAAUUCGAAUUCAAGACUGUAAACUUAGUAUGGAUUUCACUCCAGCUAAUAAAACUGAGAUCUCCAUGAAAAAAGGUGUUCGUAAAGUUACCAUUACUAUGACAGCCAAUUUUCUGACAAAUUUUCCCCAUGUCAAUUCAAUAAGUAGUUAUAAUGUUUUAUCCGAUUCUACGCGAUCUUAA